UAGAUAUCUGUUUAAAAAGGGAAAAAGCGCUACACCAUAGGCUGACAAACUUUUUUUUUUAAUUCUCUUUGGGGAACAUGCAGUAAAACUUUUCAGAUCGGUCGGAACUGAGCGCAUCACAAGAUCAAAAUGAAGCGAUGGGCUUCACGGCAUCUUUCGCAGAAAAGCUGCUUUUGAUAUUUGUAAUCUGGAAAUCUUCAGUUGUAUUUGCACGUCAAGAAGGAGCCCAAUACUGUUACGCGGGAGCGCUUGGCGAAAGGAAUUAUGUAUCAAGCUGAUUUAAAGAUUAUGGAAGAACAGAACAUUGCGCAUUCUCUGGAGGCAGAUAUGGUUCAAAAUGGACCACGGCAUGAGACGCAAUUUACAGAAGUGCAGUUUGGACCAAUGAAGCUAUACAAAGAUCAGCUUCAGGUGCUGUUAGUAUUUGCCAAAGAUGACAGCCAGAGCAGUGGCUUUUGCUGGGCGUGUGAGAAGGCUAAUUUCAGGUGUAGCAUUGCCAGAACACCAGAGUCAGCACUGGAGUGCUUCCUGGAGAAACACCAUGACAUCAUCAUCAUCGAUCACAGACAUUCCAGAUACUUCGAUGCUGAAGCGCUGUGUCGGUCACUCAGAGCAGCGAAGUGUUCAGAAAGCACAGUGAUUGUUGCAGUUGUGAGAAGGCAGGACCGCGAGGAAGCGUCAGUGAUGCCUCUGGUUUCGGCUGGCUUCAACAGGAGAUAUGUUGAAAAUCCCAACAUGAUGUCCUGUUACAAUGAGCUUAUCCAGCUGGAGUACGGAGAAGUCCGGGCACAGUUCAAACUAAGGGCAUGCAAUGCUAUUUUCACUGCACUAGAGCAAAGCCAAGAAGCCAUUGAAAUCACAAGUGAAGAUCAAGUGAUCCAGUAUGUGAACCCUGCCUAUGAGUCCAUAAUGGGAUACCAGCAAGGAGAGCUGAUAGGGAAGGAGAUUACAGAAGUGCCUAAAAGCGAGAAAAAUAAACCUGAUCUCCUUGAUACAAUAAAUUCCUGUAUACGAAAAGGAAAGGAGUGGCAAGGGAUUUAUUAUGCCAAAAAGAAAAAUGGAGAUAGUGUUCAGCAAAAUGUGAAGAUCACACCUGUGAUUGGACAGGGGGGAAAAAUCAGACACUAUGUGUCUAUUAACAGGCCUUUAAAUGACAAUAAUAAGACUGACAAGUCCAGCGACCGGGUGCAGGCAGAAUCUCAGACAGAUAUCCAGUCGUGCAAGCACAAGGACCGGAGGAAAGGCUCUCUGGAUGUCAGGUCGACCACUUCCCGAGGGAGCGACGGCAGUUCACAGCGAAGGCAUUCUUCCAUGGCCAGGAUCCACUCUAUGACCAUCGAGGCGCCCAUCACGAAGGUGAUAAAUAUAAUCAACGCAGCGCAGGAGAGCAGCCCCAUGCCUGUAGCAGAGGCCCUGGACCGGGUUCUGGAGAUUCUCCGUACCACCGAACUCUACUCUCCGCAGCUGGGGACUAAAGACGAAGACCCGCACACCAGCGAUCUUGUCGGCGGUCUUAUGACGGACGGGCUGCGGAGGUUAUCUGGGAAUGAGUACAUCUUUGCCACAAAACAUCCCCAUCAUAUUCCGAGUCAUUUGAUCACCCCACUGUCGCUCAAUGACAUUCCGCCACGGGUCGCUCAGACUAUGGAAAAUGAGGACUCCUGGGACUUUGAUAUCUUCAGUUUAGAGGCUGCCACAAUAAAAAGGCCUUUGGUUUAUCUGGGCCUGAAAGUAUUUUCGCGGUUUGGGGUUUGUGAAUUCUUAAACUGCCCUGAGGCGACCUUGAGAUCCUGGCUCCAGGUGAUUGAAGCAAACUAUCAUUCAAGCAACUCGUACCACAACUCCACACACGCCGCUGACGUGCUGCACGCCACAGCCUAUUUCCUCUGUAAGGAGAGAGUGAAGCAAAGCCUGGAUCAGAUCGAUGAAGUCGCGGCGCUCAUCGCUGCCACCGUCCACGACGUCGACCAUCCCGGGAGGACGAACUCCUUCCUGUGCAACGCCGGGAGCGAGCUGGCCGUCCUGUACAAUGACACGGCCGUGCUGGAGAGCCACCAUGCGGCCCUGGCCUUCCAGCUCACCACCCGCGACGACAAGUGCAACAUCUUCAAAAAUAUGGAGAGAAACGAGUAUCGGACACUCCGACAAGCAAUCAUUGACAUGGUUCUGGCCACGGAGAUGACGAAGCACUUUGAGCACGUCAACAAAUUUGUGAAUAGCAUCAACAAACCCCUGGCAGCACAGGAAGAGAACGAGGGAAAUGGAGAUGGCGAUUCAGUCAAAAGUAUUUUAACCUCUCCGGAGAAUCGGAUUCUGGUCAAACGGAUGCUGAUAAAGUGUGCAGACAUCUCCAAUCCUUGCAGACCACUAGAACUGUGUAUUGAGUGGGCGGGUCGCAUUUCAGAGGAAUACUUUGCACAGACAGAUGAAGAGAAACGGCAGGGCUUACCUGUGGUGAUGCCCGUGUUUGACAGAAACACCUGCAGCAUUCCCAAGUCCCAGAUAUCCUUCAUCGACUACUUCAUCACUGACAUGUUCGAUGCCUGGGAUGCAUUUGCAGAUCUACCGAACCUAAUGCAGCACCUGGAUAACAACUUUAAGUAUUGGAAAAGUCUGGAUGAACAGAAGCUGCGCAGUCUCCGGCCUCCUCCGGAAUAGUGUCCCGGGCAUGCGGGUCUGUCCUCUCUCCGAAUCGGACUGGGUGCCCUCGCUGGGCGGCCGUCUUCACCAAUGCCGGCCCGCCGUUCCCUCGUCCCUGCGAGGCUGCAGUGUUGCCAGGCAACGUGUCCUUCAAACCCUUGACUUGUGUCCUCUACACGAAUGCACAGAGAAUCGCCAGACGAACACAAGCGUAAACAAAAAAUAACCACAACAACAGAAACGUUUGAAACUGGUUCCUGAUUGCUGUGACAAUCCAAAACAUUCAGGUUCUGAGGGGUGGUUCUGACUGUCCUUUGAAGCAGUGUCUCAUGGCAGGGUGAUCCAGAGCAGAAGUUGUUGCCCUGGCCAUACCAGUAACAACAGCAAAGCAAAGGAGAAGACUGGCUUGCUGGCCCGGCCAUGUUUGCUUCACACUUACAGCAAGAGAUGGCUCUUGUUCCAGGACAAGUGGAAAGAUUUCACAAAGCAAAAAAAAAUCCUUUAAGCCUUUGUUUGUUGCCGAGAUGCUGGCUGGAUGAAAGUUUAACUUUCUUAAACCUAUAAAUGCUACAAAACUGCUUCUACACUCCAGAGUCGUUUAAGCUUUUCUUUAUUUUUAAGAAAAACCCUACACGUCUACCGAUCCCUGGACUUGAAGCCUGCUUCUCUCCUCUGUCAUGGGGCAGAUUCGUAGCCCGACAAGGCAGUCCCAGGGUGGGGUGGAGGGGGCAUUUCCUGGGUGGGUGGAGUGUUUGGGGCCGCUGUUUGAGAGAUGAAAACCUUUCCCGUCUCGGAUCAUUAGCGUUUUGUGAUUUAGACAUUAGGGUUUAUUUAUUUUGUUUUGGUUGUUCGAUAUUUUCUAUAAAUUCAUGAGUACUUAAAAAGAAAAGAAAAGCCAAAGCUGACUUACAGAAGGAUUACAGUUUUAUGAGAGUCAUAUCCAUGAGUAUAGAUUUUACUAAUGUAUAGACUUUUUAUUUUCUUAAUGCAAAACAUGAAUUAGAACGACACCUUUCUAUUGCACUGUAAUGAAUAGAAAUGUACGUUGUAGUGUUUUGUCCAUGAGAGGGAUGAUGUAACUGGGAACUUGAUGUAUGGUGAUUGAUCUCUUCUGAGUGAGCGUGCCUGCUCACCAGUGACAGAGUUGGCCCAGACAUACACCUGUUGGGUGAUGAUGUAAACUUCUCUGCUGUGGACAAUAGAGGAGCUCUAUAAACCAUGUGUGGACCUGGAAAAAAAAAUCUUUCUCCCAGAACAUUUUCUAUCUAAUAUCCUACUGAAAGACUGCCUUAUUUUAUACAAUAUUUAUACAAUACAUCCUGAAGUGUAAAUGAAACAAACAAAAAAACAUUUGGAUUUUUUAAA